AUGUCGGUCCAGCAGUGCUGUUUGGUGGUGCUCACCGUGUCGCUCCUGGCUUGCCUCUGCCCUCUUGUUGCAUCACAAAUUACCUACCCGUGGCGCAAUGGCUUCGUACAGGGCGCGAACGACACGGCGUACGAGUACUCGUGGAGCUUCGGCGAUGGCAGCAUGCCAGUGCAGGCCAACGAGAGCUGGGUGUCGCACACUUACACGAAGCCGGGCAUCUACGAUGUCAGCCUCAACGACGUCAUCAUUGUCCAGGGCAACCGCACCAAGGACUCGGUCUUGACCGUGUGGGCCUGCAUUCCCGAGGAGGACCGAAACAACCCUGACUACACCAUCACCUACAGUUGGGACUUUGGCGAUAAUUCGGUCGACGUGCCGCAGCUGAGGAGGAAUCAGGUCCUGACCCAUACGUACAACGCGUCGGGGUCCUUCAACGUCACCCUCAAGGUGGGUCUCGAUGGCGACGUCGGCACCAUGCAGGAGACCUUCAGCUCCGUCAUCAAGAUCGCCUCUGCCACGCCGGCGCCAGCAAAGAAGGAGAGCGACGAUGGCCUGAGCAGCGGCGACAUUGCAGGCAUCGUGACGGGCAUCAUUGUGGGCGUGGUCCUGGUGACUGUGGGCAUGGGCAUGGCGCUCAACUACGUCCAGCAGCGAAGGAAGAAGAGGAAUGAGGCGAUCAACGCCACCUCGACCCACUACGAGCUCCUCAUCGAGGACGGCGUGUAG